AUGGCUCCCCCAGGGCAUGAAGCAGGUAUGGAGGAGAUCCAGGCCCCAGACAUCCAGAGGCCCCAGACCAGCUGUGCCAGAGAGGACCAGGCCUCAGGCCCAGAGGCCAGAGGCCUGAGGGCAGCCCACCCCCCGGAAGGGGCCCAGGUGGGCCACAGGCACCAGGUCCCGCCAAUCCAAACCAGGAGUGAGUCGAUGGUGAUACAUGAUGUGUUAAUAAUAGGAAGUGGCCCUCAUGCCCUAACCCUGGCUAGCUUGCUAUGUAGCAAUGACUGGGACCCAAAAUCAGACGUUAGACAUGACUCGCUGCUCUCCACCUCCACCACCAAGUCUCAGCCAAGCACAGAAACAUCCAGCAACAAGCCCAAUACUAGCAAGAUGAAGAGGAAGAAGAGGGUAACAGAUGGCCAGGCGAUGGAGGUGCAACAUGCAAAGUUAACCACAUCGGAGAGGACAACUUGUUCCCCGCUCAGUCUCAGAGUGGUGGACACCUAUGGAGAGUGGACUGCUCUGUGGGAGAGCCAGUUCACAGCUCUGAACAUCCCUCAUCUGCGCUCACACUCGCUGGUGCACACAGACCCUCUUAAUAAGAAAGCGCUGCAGGAAUUUGCUUUAAGGUGCGAGCGCUCGGCAGAGCUUCAUAGCCUCCCAGAGCAGGUUUAUAUUCUGGAUGAAAAUGCGUUCUUUAACGACAUGAGGCUCGGCAAGAAAGAGAGGAAACGUCUAAACAUCAGCUCUGCGCUAAAAAAGAGUUUGUCCUUCAGUCUGCCAGGAGCAAAACUAAGUGUGGAUUUCUUCAAGGAGCAGGUGGAGAGAUACAAGUUGGACAAAGUGCUGCUGAAGGGAACAGUGGAGCACAUCACCCCUGUGAAGGAAGACGAGACAGAGAUUAAAUAUUUUCAAGUCCAACUUGAAGAUGGCACCAUCCUAAGAGCCUACCAGGUCGUCAUGGCAACAGGUCCAACCCGUGCCCAGAUGGCAAACAUCCCAUCGUGGGUGAAAAGCAUUGGUGAAAGCUACCCAGAGGAGCGUUUACUGCAUACAGUUCAUCUCAUGCAUCAUCUGCCGAAUUCUAAGCAAAAACCUCGAGAAACAAAUUGUGUGAGAGACAAAGAUACUUUUGCUCCUCAGGUCAGUGAGCCCGGCCAGAGAGUAAUGGUCAUUGGUGGAGGUCUGACCAGCGCUCACGUCAUCUCAAUUGCACUGCAGCAAGGUGCCAGCCAUGUGACAUGGGUUAUGAGAAAACACCUCCAGCUGAAACAGUUUGACGUGGGUGACGUUGAGAGUUUGGUGGGUCGUUACUCUCAUGUGGAGCACGGCAUCAAGAUGGAUGGCCAAGCCUACCUACGGCAGUUCUACAAUGAGAGGAGUCUCCACAAACGCCUGGCAAUGAUUCAUCAGGCAAGGAAGGGAGGGGCCGUCACCCCGGAGGCCUACAUCCAACUGCAGCCUUUCAUAGUGAACGGACAGGUGGAUGUGAAGACGUACUGUCAGGUGAGUGAAGCCAGCUGGUGCUACAGAAACCAGGUCUGGAGCCUUUCCCUCAGCACCAGGGAGCACUGGACUGGAGAUAAGAUUUGGAUUGCCACCGGCUGCAAACUUGAUGUGAAACAGGACCCAUUACUUUCUGAAGUGAUGAAGGAAUUCCCAAUUCAGGUGAUAGAUGGAUGGCCGUGCAUAACGGAAAGCUUACAGUGGACAGAAGAAUGCCCACUCUACCUGAUGGGGCAGUACACAGCUCUUCAGGUUGGACCUCAUGCAGUAAACCUUGCUGGAGGACAGGCUGCCAGCAUGAGGAUUGCCAAGGACAUUAUAGGCCGUCAUCAGCAGAAGGGUGGGCAGGCUCUUAAACUAAGUGGACAAAAACCAAAAACUGAAGAAUACAUUCAACAGAUGCGAGGUCUGUUGUGGCUGUAA